UUAAUAAAGCCGUUAGCUGGCUAGAUGCAGGGAUUUUCUAUGGGUGCAGACAGAAAAUCAUGUGAACGAUUUAGGAUUAACAAUGUAUGCUCUCGGAGAUAUUAAGUUGAAAACAAUGGCGCUUUUCUGUUGAGCUGAUUCUACAUUUACAUUUUCUUUCAGUUUAACCGCGACUUGUUUCCUUUUCGAAAGACUGGAUUUGCCUUUCAACACACAGUUGUGAGGAUUGGAAGCUAGCUCGUCAGGUAGCAGCAGGCAGCCACAUCAGCACCGCUGUUCCCAGUCACACACGUUAGCAUCUGAGUUAUCGAGCUGCUGGUUUUGAUUUCGCAUGGAUUUAAAGAGCUUGGGGAUUAGCUUUUGCCAAGGUGGAAACAAUUUAUCAUCCUGUGUUGGUUUCUUGCAGAGAUUUCAUCAUGGCAGACAAUAUCAUGAGCAAGGCUGCUACCAUGGAGAUCCCCAUUAACAGCAAUGGGGAUACAGGGACUCUGACUGAAGAUGACAGCCUGGAGCAGGAUUUGCAGCAGGUGAUGGUGUCUGGACCCAACCUGAAUGAAACCAGUAUCGUGUCAGGAGGCUAUGGAGGACCGGCUGGGGGCAUCAUUCCAACAAGCUCCAUCAAAGGGCCUGGAGUUCGCUACAACCCUGAGUAUCUGGACAGAGGACGGGCCCCUGCACCAGGACUAGACAUUCGCAUGAAAUCCAGGGGUGUUAACCUGCCUUAUAGUAAUGCUUCAGCCAGUCGACUAGCUCAUCACACAAACCAGCAUCCAGGGUCACUGAAUCAUAACACUAAUUCAACUGAAGAAGUUUCUCGUGGUGUGGCAGUGGAGAAACUGGACAGUGUAAAGAAAUGGGGCAUUAAUACGUACAAGUGUACAAAGCAGAUGUUCUCAGAGAAGUUCGGCAGAGGCUCUCGAACGGUGGACUUGGAAUUGGAAGCCCAGAUCGAUGUUUUGAGGGACACCAAGAGCAAAUACGAAAACAUCCUAAGACUGGCGACUGCGCUCAUCACUCAUUUCCAAAGCAUGGUGCAAACGCAGCAGGCUCUUGGGGAUACAUUCACAGACCUGAGUCAGAAGUCCCCCGAGUUACAGGAUGAAUUUGGGUAUAAUGCAGAAACACAAAAGCUGCUGUGCAAGAAUGGUGAGGCUUUGCUGGGUGCCAUCAAUUUCUUUGUGUCCAGCGUGAACACCCUGGUCAAUAAAACCAUGGAGGAUACUCUGUUGACAAUCAGACAUUAUGAAAAUGCAAGACUUGAAUUCGAUGCCUAUCGCUCUGAUCUGGAGGAGCUAAGCUUGGGUCCAAGGGAUGCAGCUGCUAUGGUUCGCAUUGAGAUGGCUCAGCAGGAGUACCACACCCACAGAGAGAAAUAUGAGCGGCUUCGUAGUGAUGUGUCCAUCAAACUUAAAUUUCUGGAGGAAAAUAAGGUGAAGGUGAUGCACAAGCAGCUGCUUCUCUUCCAUAAUGCAAUCUCAGCUUACUUUGCUGGCAACCAGCAGCAGUUGGAACAAACUCUAAUACAGUUCAAUGUAAAGUUAAAGCCUCCAGGGUCAGACAAGCCUUCCUGGCUGGAGGAGCAGUAAUGGACACACAAAGUUCAUCUGCUUCUUGACAUUUUCAGUGACGCAACAGAUGAGUGGUUCGAAGGAUAUAUAUUAAAUGAUUAGGACCCAGAUUAAAAACCUUUUUGUAAUGUUUUUUUAGUAUCAUUUAUGACAUAGAUGAAAAUAUUCUUUUUUUCUUUUUGUUACAUUGCAAACCUCUUAUUUUGCUAUUCUUAUAGUUGGCACAAUCAUUUUCAGACAUGUCACUUAUUUAUGUUCAAGGUUGUAGUUUAGUAUGGAGGUUCCCUCGGGCAGUUUUGCACAUUAUUUUUAAUUUUUACCUAAAGAUACAUGUAACAUGUUGGUGUAUAUUAAAUUUGAGGAAGUCUACAAGUUGGAGCAGCACAUCACAUCCCUGAGAUGGUGUACAUAACGUUAUGACAUAUCAUCUUUAAAUGGUAUUUAUUUUCUAAAUCAUGUUCUUCAAAUUAACCUAUCGUGUUUCUCCUGUCACUUUGUGAAAUACCUUCCAGAAGGGUCAUUGUACAAUGAACUAAUAUUUGCAAUGAAAUUACUUUUUUUCUUUACUCUGAUAAACAGUCAUUAUCACUUUGGUCUUCUAAUUUUUUGAUUAUCCCCAGAUACACUAUGCUGUAAUGAGCGCAGCAACACUACAGGCUUCUUUCUUUCUUUUUUUCUUUUUUAAAACAAACUUUCUUUACCCUAGUGUGUUUUGUCAUAUUCCACAUCAGUGCAUUUGUUUGAUCCUUUGUCAGUAAAUGCAUAUAUUUCAGUUACAUAGACUAAAAAAUAAUCAAUUUCAGCCAAGUCAAUUUUUGACUGGUAUAAUAGCAGGUGACUGUAAAGCUAUGAACAGGAUGCGAGACUUGUUCUUAAAGUCUCAAACUAUAGAACAUAAACAGUAAACCCCUAAUAAUGAAUGCACUUUAGUUUAAAAACAAAGGUCAGUGUCCCUUCCAAGAUGGAAUGUAGAUCGUACCUUUUUUCAUAUUUUAUUUAUUCACCUGUUUGUAACAUAUGUGUAUAAUACUGAGGGUUCUCUAAGGUUGUAGUUGGCUGGUUGUAUUUUUCCUCUGUCUGCAUUUCCAAUAAAGUGCUGGAUGUUAUAAGUUUCAU